AUGUAUCCAGCAGUCACAACUCAUUCUUUAUCAUCAUUCAAGCACACAUUCAAGUCUACAGACCAUCCUUUCAAGACAUUCGCUAUGCGAUAUACAAUCUCAACCUGCCUCAUAGCACUCGCCAGUGCAGGGGCCAUAUCCUACUCUAAGUCAUCGCUGCCCCAAAUCCACGAGAUAGUCCAGGUUCCCAAUGUCUGGUUCGAAAAUGCUGCACUUCGCUCCAACGGCGACCUUCUCAUGACUACAAUCGGAGAAGGCAAAGUUUACACCCUCAACACAGCUACAAAACCCCCCAAGCCUCACGCCGUUGUCACAAUCCACGGCGUCAAUGCUCUUUCUGGAAUCGUGGAGGUCGGCCAAGAUGUCUUUGCUGUCACUGGGCACGUCGUCGAGGGAAACCCUCUGAACAACACGAUGAACCUUUCUCUUCUCAAGUUCUCCGGGAGCGAUGUUUCGAUUCAAACUGUUUUUGAGAAAUCCAAAUACGGGCCUGUGAACGGGAUUGUCGCCCUUCCGCACCAUAGACAUGUUAUUCUUGCUGCGGAUUCGGCGCGAGGCGAAGUCCUACGUAUCGACACUACCACUGGCCACAUCGAGGUCGCUAUCAAAGACGACCAGCUGGCUCCUAUAGCCGGUGGUCCUUUUCCGGUUGGCGUGAACGGUCUCAAGAUCUUCAAAAAUUACCUUUAUUUCACCAACACCGCCCGACAAGCCCUCGGUCGAGUCAAGAUCGACAACAUGGGCAACAGGAUUGGCGAUAUCCAGAUAAUUUCUAAGCUCGAGGAAGGUUCACAAUAUGCACCGGAUGAUCUCGCCAUUGAUAAGCAUGGGAACGCAUACGUGGCUUACUGGCAGGAUAGGGUUGUCAAGAUUACACCUCAGGGCAAGCAGAGUGUUCUUGUCGAGGGUUUACUUGCCGGUCCUACUAGCGCGGUCUUUAGUAAAGACCACAAGACUUUGUAUGUUGUUACGGCUGGACAAAAUGACGACAAAGUCUCUGGUGGACAGGUUGUUGAGGUUAAGCUGUAA